CAGAGUUGCGAUUUAUUUCCAUGAUCAUCAAACUAACAAUCGUAUUUAUCAAGUUGUUGAGAUCUCGCAUAAUUUCUGCUCUCCUGAUCACAGAGCGUUACAAAGAUAAAGCUAAUUGAAUGGCUUGGUAUUAAUACUCUGCCUGACAACCAUGUGUGAGGACGUCAAAAUACGCGUAUACAUAGACAGAGUUUUUGAAUCUUUACUAAGUGUCGAACACGCUGUGUUUUAUAAAUUCUAGCGAAAUGGACAACGGUGGCUUAUCGACAAUAUUACUGGAUAAACAUCAUUUAACAGUUGGCGAGACUGUUACGCUAUUCUGUCAUGGUCUUUCUACAAGUGCUACGGACUGGAUUGGAUUGUUUCACACAGGUGAUGUUGACUCCAUUUCAAAUUGCUUGGAUUAUAAGCAAGGAGGGAAUACACUGGGCAAAAGAGGUUUGAAGUGGCUGAUUGCUAACACAAUCAAUUUUGGAGAAGCUGACAACAAAUGCUUGUUUAAAUAUAUCAAUGGUGCAUCUGGAAGAGUUAAAGCAAUCAGUCAAGUCAUUCAUAUUAUUAACACAGAUUUAGAGGAAAAUAUAUCACCUUCUGGAACCCUCAACACUCUGUUCUCUGGCCAACUUUUGGAAUUUACUAUAACAGGUAUGGAAGCUCAUAACUUAAAACGUACGCUCUUCGGCCGCCCUUGUCCGUAUGUUAAAGUGGGUCUCCGACCUGGGAGAAUGCAACGUAAAGCUUGGCGCUCACAUCAUGGUCAGAUUGGGAAAACACGUUGUCAGGUUAAUACGACCGAACCUUCUUGGAGUGAUGAGAUCUUCGAGUUUAAAGCAAGCAUUUGGGACAUACUGGAAGUAGAAGUACGCAAUAGAUCUACUGGAAUUAAACCAAUCUUCAGUAGGUUUCUUGGCAAACUACAUUUUCCAUUGAGAGAAUUACUCACAAAGGGAAGAAAUAAAACUCAAACUUUCACUGGGAGGUUGAUGAAAAGGGAGCCAUCGCGUAAAAUUCUAGGCACAUUUUCAUUGACAAUAAAAACGGAUCGUGAUCUUCCUGGUUCACGGAAUUCGAGAAGGCAAGCUUCCCCAGAUAGUCUUGACUCAGGUGAUCCAAAUGGCGAGCUAGUAAAUGGAACUGGUAGCGAACAUCCUGACAGCGAGGGCGACAGACGACCUUCUCCCAAUCCUUCUACACCCGAUGAUGAUCUUAGUUUACGUGAACGAACAUCGACUGUGCCCAUUCCCCCUCCCCGAGCAAUGGCUCAGGUUUUUAUUGACCAGUCCACGGCCGCGCAAUCUCAACCUGACUUAUUAGGCCUUCCAUACACAACACAUGAAAAUGUACUGCGAAGAAGGAACCUUGAUUUGUCUCUUAGCAUAACCGGGGAACUCACAAGUGAACUCAACUCCCGGUUAUCUAUGCCUCCUUUUGUGUUCUCAAGCACAUCGCUUCGAAGUUUUGAGAAUUUACCAUCAACCUCCAGUAGUUUUGCUACAGAUAUGGCAUCGAGACCAGUUGAAAAUGAUCAAGAAAACACAAGUGAAAAUUCUGACGUUGAUAAUAUUUCUUUGAAUGAACCAGUCAGUACGAACUUGAACAGUGAACUGGAAGAGUCUCCUAGCAACAUGCAAACUUUAUCUGAUAAUUCCUUAAGUAUGAAUGGCACGGCACAUGUUGUCACUGAAGAUGAAAGAAACGAAAACGCCACUCCUCUUACGAACUCUGAAAUUGAGGGCAACAAUGCUGCAGCAGAAAAUCCCACAAACACCCUGCCAUGUUCAGACCCAAUUUUGAAUGAAGGAAAUAGUGAUCGUAGCAUUGAAAUGCCCGAAGCUGCUGCUAAUGACCUAAGCUUGAAUAAUUGUAAUGAGGAAAGUUCGCACCUGAGUGAACAACAGACCAGUGCUGACACUGCUAUCAGUGAUACUGUUCUUCAAGAAGAUGUGCUAGAUACCAAUGAUGGGAAUAACGAAGUGAACAGUGAAGUAAAUGAUACUGAAGAAUUCUCGCCUGAAGAAACUGUAGACGCUAUUGCAGAGCAAAGUGCAAGUAACGUACCUUUAGCCGAACCAGAUUUACCCGUGUCUGCUGAUAGCGCACAUUCAAGUGAGAAUAGUUCAGUUUCGACUGUAGCACAGUCGUCACAACAUGAAGUAUUAACUGCUGUUUUGCCUCCAGAUGAACAAGGCUCUUCGUUUAGAGAACAUGUUGGACCUGUUAACGAGGUUGAUGAAGUAACUAGUUCUAAUGUUUACCCAGGCCAAAUGGAUGAUGGUAACCAGUCUUAUUCAUUAGCAGUGAACGACUCUAGUACUGAAACUGAAGACUCUAGUGGUACUGGCCUCCUACCUUCACAUAGCGAAAGAAUGGACGAGACCCAAAACCCUAUACGACAAAUGAACUCUACUUUCAGAAGCUUUGAAAAUGAUUCCUUUAUGUUUGGGCGAGGGGAUUCAUUCAUGGACCUUGAAUCAGAACCGGAUAUCAUGAAUGUUUUAUCUCUUUCAAAUAAUACCACUUCUGAUGUAAUAAUGCCUACAAACUCAGCUGAUGUCGAGGGAACUUCACCCAGAAGGACUGUUGGUACUUGUAACUUAAGAACGUUGUUUCAGAUUCCAGAUAGAGAGAAUUCCACUCGUACAAGAAUACAUCAAGAUGAUGAAGAUAGCGUUGGCGUAGGUGUUAACAAUAUGUCACAAGGUGAUAAUACGGUUCAGGAAGAUCAAGUUAAUUUCGUGGAGCGUGAGAAUAUUGAAAAUAGUGAUAGCGCUUUAGUGGUAGUUAGUUCGAAUACUCAUGAAAGUGAAAAUGUUUCACGAUCAUUGCCAAGCAGUAGAACAUCAGAGGUUGUAGAUUCAACUUUUGCGUUGUUUGGUGUUGAUGAUAGUGAACUUGAUGGCAAUUCGGACAACGACCGAAGACGCUUGGAAAACGCAACUACAGAUGCUGCUAGCGCAAUAGGAAAUACAACGGGUGAAUCCCUGUCACAAAAUACUAGCGCGGAGAAUUCUGAUGCUUCAACAGCAGCUGACAUAUCCCAGUCAUCAAAUGAUGAGUUAACAUCACCUGCUCCUAUCCCUUCGAUAACUCAUGUACGAUAUCUCCGCUCAAAACAUUUAUCUAUCCGUUUGCCUUCGAGGACUGCUUCUCCGUUGCCCGUUGUACACGUGGUUCCAUCAAAUAUACCAGUUUCUGCGAAUGAUAGUAGUGAUGAUCUCCCAGGUAGUUCUAUUGAGGCUGAACCAGUGCUGCCCGCAACUCGUCUUGAUCCUCCUGUUCGCGAAUCAACGCCCAUAGUCAGUAGAUCACUCGCUCGUGAUGUUUUUGAUGCUCCCGAUGGUUCGGGGGAUGACGUCAAUGUCGGUGCAUCCACUUCGAAUGCGGUUUCUUCCCUUCAGCAGGAUAUUCUAAUGGCACAAGUUUCAUCUGCGUCUGGUGUUUCACAUUCGGCGCAAAGUCGUAAAAGUUCAAGCAGCUCCCAAAGUGGAAAUGCAAGAAAUAAGAAAAAGAACAAAUCCCGAAGCAGAACAAGUCGAGAUUCGUCCACCACCGAGCCAACGGAGGGUGCUGAAUCAACUUCAGGACAGGCUCGAGUCGGACGAAGGGCCGGCGAGGAAAGAGCAAACAGAACUUUGACUACAGCAGACGAACCAAACGAUGAAUCAGCUUCAUCUAAUCGUGGCGCUUCCAUUUACGUUCAGAUUUCUGAUUUUCCCAGCGAUGAAGAUGUAUUGGACGAGCCCUUACCUCAGCAUUGGGAAAGAGCGGUGGACUCGUAUAACCGCGUUUACUAUAUCGACCAUGAAAAUAGAAUCACAACGUGGAUAAGACCAAGUGCUGCAUCUGCAUCGGAAACGUCCUUGAAUGAAGUCAAUCAUCACAGGCAAAACCUUGAUAGAAGGUAUCAAAGCUUUCGGCGAACGUUGUCAGGUCGACGACGCCGACGUUCUUAUGACGAAGCAGCAAAUGCCACGAUCUCUAAUGAGACAUCAAGUGCUAACGAGACUUCGACAAGCACCACUCCUACUGUUUCCACGCGCUCUGCCACAAACACUGACAACAGCACGACUUCUUCGUCAGCAGCACGUGGUAUAUCGUCACGAUCUAAUGAAGCCACGCCUAACAGACCAACCACUAGUGAUAAUCGUCAGUUGCUGAAUUCGACUUUUGUGAAGUUUCUAACUCGGCCCGAUUUUAUCUCGUUUCUGAGAAACAGUGGGGCUGCUGGUCAGUAUUACUUUAAUCAUCCUGAAGUAAAAGAUAUGGUUAAGCGAAUCAGGGAAGAUCCCCGAAAUUAUCUCAGAUUCAUGCAUGAUCGUAGUUUGGUAACAUUUCUCAAUGGUUUUGCGGAUGCAUCACAACCAUUGCCUCGUGGCUGGGAACAGAAGACUGAUCAGUUUGGCCAGAAAUAUUUCGUCGACCACAACAGCAGAAGUACAAACUUUGCUGAUCCCAGAUUACCUGACGAUUCCAGCCAGAAUCGAAACCGAUCAAGAGGUAUUGAGACUGCGUAUGCUGAUCCAAUAAGACGUCCUCCACCCCCGGGCAUGCAGAGAGCAACUGCAGUUAACUCUACUGCAUCAAGUCAUGAUACUUCCCGACGAAAUCAAGCGCAAAGGCUAUCUGGGAGAAUGAGUUAUAAUCAACAGAUUGUGGAGUUCCUACGUCAGGCUAAUAUUAAUGAUAUACUUAGCGCUAGAGAUUCCUCCUAUGCAAAUAAUAUUAAGUUGAAGUGCAUUGUUGACAAAAUACGACGAGAUGGGCAACGAGCAUUACGUUUUUUGUCUGAUAAUGUUGAUUUAAUAGUCUUGUUAAGCUUGUUCGAAGACGACAUUGUAUCUUGGGUACCAGGAGUCAAACUUCAAAAACCUGCAGCUACUGACAAAAAGAGGAACCUUCACAUUGGACCCGACGACCCAGGUCCCAGUUCCCGAAAAACGUCAAAACCUGCACCAUAUAAACGUGAUUUUCAAGCCAAGGUUAAAUCACUGCAUGAAAAAAUUGCUAAAAAAGAUCUUGGACAAGGACCAAAUAAGAUACAAUUAGUUAUUCGUCGCGAACAUAUCCUAGAAGACGCCUUUGAUCAGUUGAUGAAACAAAAUCCAAAAACGCUGCAAAAGAGCAAAUUGGAAGUGAAAUUCUCUGGAGAAGAAGGUCUUGAUUAUGGUGGUCCUCAGAGAGAAUUCUUCUUCCUAAUAUCGCGUCAGUUGUUUAACCCUUACUAUGGAUUGUUUGAAUAUUCUGCUCAAGAUACGUACACACUUCAUAUCAGUUCUAUGUCGUCAUUCGUCGAUAACGCGCAUGACUGGUAUCGAUUUAGUGGUCGUAUUAUUGCUUUAGUGAUUAUUCAUCAACAUUUAUUGGACGCGUUCUUUACGAGGCCGUUCUACAAACUGUUACUAAAAAGUUCGUGUGACCUGAGAGACGUGGAAGCCUUAGACGCGUUAUUUCAUCAAAGUUUAGCCUGGAUAAUGGAGAGCGACAUAACUGAUGUCUCUCUUGAUUUAUCAUUUACUGUUAACGAAGAAUUGGGCGGACAGGUAAAUGAACGCGAGUUAUUGCCCGGCGGUAGAGAUAUCCGAGUGACGGAGGAUAAUAAAUUAGGCUAUGUUGAAUUGAUGUCCAACUGGAGAAUUGAUCGAGGAGUAUCAGAUCAAAGAAAGAGUAUUCUUAAAGGAUUUUAUGAAAUAAUAGACUACGAGCUAGUUUCAGUAUUUGACGCGUGUGAACUUGAGCUGUUAAUAUCAGGUACAGCCGACAUUGAUAUUAACGAUUGGUUUUCUCACACGGAAUACCGUUCAGGUUAUCAUCCAAAUCAUAAAGUUAUUCGUUGGUUCUGGCAGGCUGUGCAUUGUUUUGAUAACGAACAAAGACUAAGACUUCUUCAGUUUGUUACUGGCACGUCAAGUGUCCCGUAUGAGGGAUUCGCUGCUCUUCGUGGAAGCACUGGACUGCGAAAGUUCUGUAUAGAGAAAUGGGGUAACCACACAAUGUUACCCAGGGCACAUACAUGUUUUAAUCGCCUUGAUUUACCAGCCUACCAGAGUUACAAUGAACUUCUUGAAAAAUUGACACUCGCUGUUGAAGAGACGAGCACAUUUGGAAUCCAAUGAAUAAGCAAUAUCAUUCAUAUUUGGAUUAUACUGGAAUGCGAAUGUAUAUAUAUAUAGGUCAUGGGAAACACGCUUAAAGAUGAGAAAAAUUUGAAUAUGGAGGGCGGGCUGGAUACACCUGCUUUUCAUUAUUGCUAUUGAGGUCAAUUGGUUGGAACAAAUUAUUCUACCAUGAUGAAAUAGCACGAUAAUGAAUCUUAACUUAUAAAGAAUCUUUCUUUCUGGCUGAAUCUGGCAGUUUCUGCCAGUACGACAUAAAAUUGCUUUGUCUUUUAGUCAUUCUGUUGGCAAGGUUCAAAUUGUAGUUUCGAGUUCUGGUGUUUGAGAAAACAACCACCAAGGAUACAUUCUGGACAGGUUUCAUAGACAUGUCUGUGAAAUGUCAUGUGCAGUUUAUCUAUAAAUUCUGUUAUCUUCUCACGUAAGCAACAAGUUUUUAUGCAGUUGUUGACCUACUGCAUAUGGACUGCAAUGGUACAUGAGAGUAUAUCCCUGUACAGCAGAAGUGUGUACGAAAAUAUUAUAUUGUUAUUUAUUCGAUUUUAUCGCGUGAUUGCUAUAUUCUAAUUCACAUGCACUAGCUUUAUGAAAGCACUUAAAGAUUUCUAUUGUGAAGAAUUGUAGGCUAUGUCUUAAACUAUUUUAAAUUUGUUAGGAUUUGUUACACUCACUGUUGGAUGAGAAAAUUGAUUUAUAGGAGGUUAAAUUUUACGAUGUAAAUAUAUUUCUGUAAUAAAUAUUAAAUUAUUUAAAAAUACUUCGGACAGAUUUGAAGGAUAUG